AAAAAAACCAAUAAAAAUAGAGAGUCACAAUUAGCAUAAAAAAAAAACCAAAUGAAAUUAGCCUUCCUUCCUUCCCUCUCCCCAGGGCUCUCCUUUGUAAUCACAUUAACUUUUAAUGGCCAAUAAGUUCAUUCCAAGAACAACAUUCCCAUAUGAUAGAAUCAUUAAUUGGUUUCCUGGCCAUAUGGCAAAAGGAUUACGUUUAAUUUCAGAACGUUUAAAUUCAGUUGAUCUAGUUGUGGAAGUGAGAGAUGCACGAAUUCCACUUUCCUCUGUCAACCCUAAUUUCGAAAAAUUAGUUGGUAGACGACCACGACUGAUUGUAUACAAUAAAUUUGAUUUGGCUAAUCAAACAACAAAGAAGCCUCUUCUAGAGGCUUUUAGUAAACAUGCACCUGCAACACCUGUAGUUUUUACAAACUGUCAAACAGAUUCAAGUGUAAAGGAGAUCUUGAGAUAUGCUACCAAACUUGCACAUCCUAUACCCCAAGUUACGUUGAUGGUUGUUGGUGUUGGUAAAGGUAAAGCAGCAGCAACAGGUGCACAACCAGGUAUUACUCGAACUGUGAUAGGCACUAUUAAAGUACUUGAAGACCCUACAAUUUAUUUAGUUGAUACACCAGGCGUUAUGGUGCCUUAUCUCGAAGACCCCAUAAGAAGUUUAAAAGUAGCCUUGACAGGUGGUAUCCGAGAUCAUUUAUCAGACGAACAAAUUAUGGUUGACUAUUUACUUUACCGACUAAAUAACUUUGAGGCAUAUAAUUAUGCAACUUGGUUUAACUUGCCCAAUCAUCAGCCUACUAAUGAUGUGAAUGAGUUAUUAGAAGGCGUAGCCAAACGUAUAGGGGCUAUUGUAAAGGGAGGUGAACUGGAUUUGAAUAUGGCAGCAAAAUUCUUUUUAAAAUAUUAUAGAACUGGAAAAUUGGGUCAAUUCACACUUGAUGAUGUAAGUCCUCAGUCUUUAGAUAAAUUCUUUGAGACACAAAAGAUGUACACGACCUCAAACGGCCAAACCAUAAGUAGAAGACAGGAAAAGAAAGCCAUAAAAUUAGAACAAAGAAAGAAGAGUAGAAAGGAAAACCAAGUUGCGGAAUAGAUAGGAGAAAUUACAUUUAAACCAUAGACCGAAAUAAAAGCCUACAGAUCGAUCAUAUCUCUUCAAGACAUAUUUUAAAUAAUCUGACAAGUAAGGGUAUCUUGAAUAUCUUCUUCUAA